GCGGCGGCGGCGCCGGGGAGGGAUGGGGUCGCAGACGCUGCAGAUCCUCCGGCAGGGGGUGUGGGCCGCGCUCAGCGGGGGCUGGUACUACGACCCGCACCAGGCCACCUUCGUGAACGCGCUGCACCUCUACCUGUGGCUCUUUCUGCUCGGCCUGCCCUUCACCCUCUACAUGGCCCUUCCUUCUUCCAUGAUUAUAGUAGCAGUUUAUUGUCCUGUGAUAGCUGCUGUUUUCAUUGUUCUGAAGAUGGUCAACUAUCGACUCCACAGAGCACUUGAUGCUGGAGAAAUUGUAGAUAGGAACACAAAUGAGUUCACAGAUCAGCGAGCCAAAGCUGAGCAAGGCAACUGUUCAACGAGGAGAAAAGACAGCAAUGGACCGAGCGAUCCUGGUGGAGGGAUUGAAAUGUCUGAGUUCAUUCGAGAGGCCACACCACCAGUUGGCUGCAGUUCAAGAAAUUCUUAUGCUGGCCUAGAUCCAAGUAACCAGAUUGGAUCUGGUUCCUCUCGUCUUGGAACAGCAGCAACUAUUAAAGGAGAUACAGACACUGCUAAGACUUCUGAUGAUAUCAGUUUAAGUCUGGGCCAGAGCUCUAGUCUUUGCAAGGAAGGAAGUGAGGAACAAGAUUUGGCAACUGAUCGGAAGCUCUUCCGUCUGGUCUCCAAUGAUUCCUUCAUCUCCAUUCAGCCUUCCUUAUCCUCUUGUGGACAGGACUUGCCAAGGGAUUGCAGCGACAAAGUGAGCCUGCCAAGUCACAGCCACCACCACCAUGUUGAUCAGUCUCUGUCCAGUGCCUGUGACACAGAAGUAGCUUCUCUUGUCCCCUUACAUUCACACUCGUACAGGAAGGAUCACCGGCCACGAGGUGUGCCGCGGACCUCUAGCUCUGCUGUGGCUUUUCCAGAUACUUCACUGAAUGACUUCCCUCUGUAUCAGCAAAGACGAGGGUUAGAUCCAGUUAGUGAGCUAGAAUCGUCCAAACCUCAUUCUGGAUCCAAAGAAUCCUUGGUGGAAAAUUCUCGUUUAUCUGGGGAAUUUCAGCUUGUUGGUGAGCUGAAAAACAGUAUUUCUCAGCCACCUGCAAAAAGUGGGAAGAGCAAACCUUUGAAAGGAGACAAAAGCAUGGACAGCCUGAGGAGCCUGAGCACGCGGAGUAGUGGGUCAACCGAGAGCUACUGCAGCGGAACGGACCGGGACACCAACAGCACUGUCAGCAGCUACAAAAGUGAACAGACCAGCUCAACUCACAUAGAGAGCAUCCUGUCAGAGCACGAGGAGUCUCCUAAAGUGGGGAAGAAAAGCGGCAGGAAAAAAGGAUGCUGUGCCGACCUGGAGGACCAGAGUAGCUGUACCAGUGACAAAAGGACUAGUAGUGAAAAGACUGUCUUGGAAGUGAGUACGAAUAGUGGGGUUCAAGAGGCCAAGGAAUCUAACACUUCUGAUGACACGCACAAUCAGAGAGGUGUCAGCACCUCCGCAUCUGAAGAAGCCAAUAAAAACCCCCAUGCAAAUGAAUUUACUUCGCUGGGGGACAAACCACUUGGGAAAGCUGCUGAAAGCAAAGAGGAGCAGAGUAAUAAGCCUGCCAUUUCAGUGGACUCAAAAGUUGGAAAAGAUGUUGGUGGAAAGCAAAAGGAAGGGGACGUACGACCUAAGUCCUCUAGCCUAAUCCACCGGACAGCCUCUGCCCAUAAGUCAGGCAGGAGACGGACGGGAAAGAAACGGGCCAGCAGUUUUGAUUCAAGUCGGCAUAGGGACUAUGUUUCCUUUCGAGGUAUUUCUGGUACCAAGCCACACAGUGCUAUAUUUUGUCACGAUGAGGACUCCAGUGACCAAAGUGACUUGAGCAGAGCAUCAAGCGUUCAGUCUGCUCACCAGUUCAGCAGUGAUAGCUCUUCUAGCACCACUUCUCAUUCAUGUCAGUCUCCUGAGGGCCGAUACAGUGCUCUGAAGACCAAACAUGUCCCUAAAGAAAAGGGCAGUGACUCUGAGCACAUACACAAAGGUCAUUUGGGUCCCGAGGGAACUGGCAAAAAGCGGACAACACGGCGGACUUCUAGCACAAACAGUGCCAAGACGCGGGCCCGUGUGCUGAGCCUGGACAGUGGCACAGUAGCAUGUUUGAAUGACUCCAGUAGGCUGAUGGCACCCGAAAGUAUAAAACCCUUAACCACUUCAAAAUCAGAUCUCGAGGCCAAAGAGGGAGAGGUGCUAGAUGAGCUAUCUUUAUUGGGACGGGCUUCCCAGUUAGAGACAGUCACUCGAUCUAGGAAUAGCUUGCCAAGCCAGGUUGCCUUUCCUGAAGGUGAAGAGCAAGAUGCAGUCAGUGGAGCAGCACAGGCCAGCGAGGAGGCGGUGUCAUUUCGCCGUGAACGCAGCACAUUUAGGCGCCAGGCAGUACGGCGCCGGCACCAUGCAGGGGGUAACCCUGCCCCUCCUACCUUGCUCAUCGGAUCUCCCCUAAGCCUUCAAGAUGGGCAGCAAGGCCAGCAGUCCACAGCCCAGGUCAAAGUCCAGUCCCGCCCCCCUUCCCAGGCUGCAGUGCUCAGUGCUAGUGCCUCCUUGCUGGUGAGAAAUGGGAGUGUCCACUUAGAAGCAUCACAUGACAAUGCAUCUGCUGUAGGCGGCAGCAGUUUGCACGAUGAACUUGGUAAGUUCUCUUCUACGCUUUAUGAGACUGGUGGUUGUGAUAUGUCACUUGUGAAUUUUGAACCAGCAGCAAGAAGAGCAUCCAAUAUCUGUGACACGGAUUCUCAUGUAUCCAGUUCUACCUCAGUUCGGUUUUAUCCACAUGAUGUGCUCUCUCUCCCACAGAUUCGGUUAAACAGACUAUUGACCAUCGAUACAGAUUUAUUGGAGCAACAAGACAUUGAUCUAAGCCCAGACCUGGCAGCUACUUACGGUCCAACAGAAGAAGCUGCCCAAAAGGUUAAACACUACUAUCGUUUCUGGAUCCUGCCCCAGCUGUGGAUCGGCAUCAACUUUGACAGACUCACACUUUUGGCCCUGUUUGAUAGAAAUCGUGAGAUCCUGGAAAAUGUGUUAGCUGUCAUCCUGGCUAUUCUUGUGGCAUUUUUGGGAUCAAUUCUUCUCAUACAAGGCUUCUUCAGAGAUAUCUGGGUCUUCCAGUUCUGCCUGGUGAUAGCCAGCUGUCAGUACUCACUGCUUAAGAGUGUUCAACCAGAUUCUUCUUCCCCCAGACAUGGUCAUAAUCGUAUCAUUGCCUAUAGUAGACCAGUUUAUUUCUGUUUAUGUUGUGGUCUCAUUUGGCUCUUGGAUUAUGGAAGCCGAAACCUCACUACAACCAAGUUCAAAUUAUAUGGAAUCACUUUCACCAAUCCACUGGUGCUUGUAUCAGCCAGGGAUUUAGUUAUAGUGUUUACACUCUGUUUUCCAAUAGUGUUUUUCGUUGGUCUCCUGCCUCAGGUGAAUACAUUUGUAAUGUACCUUUGUGAACAAUUGGAUAUUCAUAUCUUUGGUGGUAAUGCCACAACAAGCCUGUUUGCAGCACUGUACAGUUUUAUCUGCAGCAUUGUGGCAGUUGCCUUACUGUAUGGAUUGUGUUAUGGCGCUUUGAAGGAUUCUUGGGAUGGCCAGCAUAUUCCAGUACUUUUCUCCGUUUUUUGUGGUUUGUUAGUGGCAGUAUCCUAUCAUCUCAGCCGACAAAGCAGUGAUCCAUCUGUACUUUUCUCUUUGAUGCAAUCUAAGAUUUUUCCAAAAACAGAAGAGAAAAAUCCAGAAGAUCCUUUGUCUGAAGUAAAAGAUCCACUGCCUGAAAAACUUAGGAAUUCUGUUAGUGAACGUUUACAGUCUGACCUAGUAGUAUGCAUUGUGAUUGGAGUGCUAUAUUUUGCUAUUCAUGUAAGCACAGUGUUCACAGUAUUGCAGCCUGCUCUCAAGUAUGUGUUGUAUGCACUGGUUGGCUUCAUAGGUUUUGUCACCCACUAUGUGCUCCCUCAAGUUAGGAAGCAGCUACCAUGGCACUGUUUCUCCCACCCCCUGCUGAAGACAGUGGAGUAUAAUCAGUAUGAAGUUCGAAAUGCAGCCACUAUGAUGUGGUUUGAGAAACUUCAUGUGUGGCUUCUUUUUAUGGAGAAGAAUAUCAUCUAUCCAUUGAUUGUCCUUAAUGAACUUAGUAGCAGUGCGGAGACAAUUGCUAGUCCAAAAAAACUGGAUACAGAAUUAGGUGCUUUAAUGAUCACCAUUGCUGGUCUGAAGUUGCUACGGUCCUCUUUCAGCAGCCCGACGUAUCAGUAUGUCACAGUCAUCUUCACUGUGCUCUUUUUCAAAAUUGACUAUGAAGCAUUUUCAGAGACCAUGCUGUUGGAUCUCUUUUUCAUGUCCAUACUCUUCAACAAGCUUUGGGAACUCCUUUAUAAGCUGCAGUUUGUGUACACUUACAUUGCCCCAUGGCAGAUCACAUGGGGUUCUGCCUUCCAUGCUUUUGCUCAGCCCUUUGCAGUGCCCCAUUCAGCCAUGUUGUUUGUUCAGGCUGCUGUAUCGGCCUUCUUUUCUACACCACUGAACCCCUUCCUGGGAAGUGCAAUAUUCAUCACCUCGUAUGUCCGACCUGUGAAAUUCUGGGAGAGAGACUACAACACAAAACGAGUGGAUCAUUCAAAUACCAGAUUGGCUUCCCAGCUUGAUAGAAAUCCAGGAUCAGAUGACAACAAUCUGAACUCCAUCUUUUAUGAACAUUUAACCAGAUCCCUACAACACAGUCUCUGUGGUGAUUUGCUCCUAGGACGGUGGGGAAACUACAGUACAGGGGACUGUUUCAUUCUUGCCUCUGACUACCUCAAUGCCUUAGUGCACCUUAUAGAGAUCGGCAAUGGGCUGGUCACUUUCCAGCUGCGGGGACUUGAAUUCAGAGGUACUUACUGUCAACAACGGGAAGUGGAGGCUAUCACUGAAGGUGUUGAAGAAGAUGAAGGAUUUUGCUGUUGUGAACCUGGCCACAUUCCUCAUGUGCUCUCCUUCAAUGCUGCAUUUGGCCAGCGCUGGCUGGCUUGGGAGGUCAUAGUCACCAAGUACAUUCUGGAGGGUUACAGCAUCACGGACAAUAGUGCUGCUUCCAUGCUCCAGGUCUUUGAUCUUCGGAAAGUGCUCACCACUUACUAUGUCAAGGGCAUCAUUUAUUAUGUUACAACCUCUUCUAAGCUAGAGGAGUGGCUAGCGAACGAGACAAUGCAGGAAGGACUACGUUUGUGUGCUGAUCGAAAUUAUGUGGAUGUGGACCCGACAUUUAAUCCCAACAUUGAUGAAGACUAUGACCAUCGACUAGCAGGCAUAUCCAGAGAGAGUUUCUGUGUGAUUUACCUCAACUGGAUAGAGUAUUGCUCUUCCCGAAGGGCAAAGCCACUGGAUGUGGACAAAGACUCCUCCCUGGUGACUCUUUGUUACGGACUGUGUGUUCUGGGACGAAGAGCUUUGGGGACUGCAUCCCACCAUAUGUCCAGUAAUUUAGAGUCAUUCCUCUAUGGAUUGCAUGCCCUGUUUAAGGGAGAUUUUCGUAUUUCUUCAAUUCGAGACGAAUGGAUCUUUGCUGACAUGGAAUUACUAAGAAAAGUAGUAGUGCCUGGGAUCCGUAUGUCCAUUAAACUUCAUCAGGAUCAUUUCACUUCUCCAGACGAGUACGAUGACCCUACUGUGCUCUAUGAAGCCAUUGUAUCUCAUGAAAAAAACCUUGUAAUAGCUCACGAAGGGGACCCCGCGUGGCGGAGCGCAGUCCUCGCCAACUCCCCCUCCUUGCUCGCCCUGCGGCACGUCAUGGAUGAUGGCACCAACGAAUAUAAAAUCAUCAUGCUCAACAGACGCUACCUUAGCUUCAGGGUCAUUAAAGUGAAUAAGGAAUGUGUCCGAGGUCUUUGGGCAGGGCAACAGCAGGAACUUGUAUUCCUACGUAACCGUAACCCCGAGAGAGGUAGCAUCCAAAAUGCAAAGCAAGCUCUGAGAAACAUGAUAAACUCAUCUUGUGAUCAACCUAUUGGCUACCCGAUCUUUGUCUCGCCUCUGACAACUUCUUACUCUGACACCCAUGAACAGCUUAAAGAAAUUCUUGGGGGACCUAUCAGUUUGGGAAAUAUCAGAAACUUCAUAGUGUCAACCUGGCACAGGUUAAGGAAGGGUUGUGGAGCUGGAUGUAACAGCGGUGGCAAUAUUGAAGAUUCCGAUACUGGAGGCGGAACUUCCUGCACUAGUAACAAUGCAACAAUUGCCAAUGAUCCCCACAGCACCGCGUCCCAAGGAAGCGCCGGGAAUUCAGGCCAGGGGCCUGGAGCAGGACUCCAUCCGCCCGUCAUGUCCUACCCGCCAACACUCGGCACCAGCCACAGCUCUCACUCGGUGCAGUCGAGCCUGGUCCGCCAGUCCCCUGCUCGGGCCUCAGUGGCCAGCCAGUCUUCUUACUGCUACAGCAGCCGGCACUCCUCCCUCCGGAUGUCCGCGACGGGAUUCGUGCCCUGCCGGCGCUCCUCCACCAGUCAGCUCUCGCUGCGGAACCUGCCGUCCUCCAUCCAGUCCCGCCUGUCCAUGGUGAACCAGAUGGAGCCCUCGGCCCAGGGAGGCACAGCCUGCGUGCAGCACGGCCUGCCUUCCUCCAGCAGCUCCAGCCAAAGCAUCCCCGCCUGCAAGCACCACACUCUCGUGGGCUUCCUGGGGACGGACGGGGGCCAGAGCAGCGCCACCGAUGCACCGCCAGGCCACACCUUAAGUCCUGCCAGUAAUUCACACGCCAAAAAGGGGGAGGUGAUUUACAGAGUCCAAAUUGUGGAUCCCAGUCAGAUUCUGGAUGGGAUCAACCUGUCCAAAAGAAAGGAGCUGCAGUGGCCUGAUGAGGGUAUCCGGUUAAAAGCUGGGAGAAACAGCUGGAAGGACUGGAGUCCUCAGGAGGGUAUGGAAGGCCAUGUGAUUCACCGAUGGGUGCCUUGCAGCAGAGAUCCAGCCACGAGAUCCCACAUCGACAAGUCAGUGCUCCUGGUCCAGAUUGACGAUAAAUAUGUGACUGUGGUUGAAACUGGGGUCCUAGAGCUUGGCGCUGAAGUGUGAGCCAGCAUUUCAUAACUACAUUUCUUUUCCCUCUCGAUUCCAAGACGUUGGAAGGAGAGAGGAGAGAGCAGAAGAUGCCCGCAGGUGUCGUUUGGUCCUGUAGAGGAGAGACUUGAACGCAGAGUGGGCUUGGUUAAGCGCCUCUCCUUUGCCCUGCACCCUGACUUCUGUCACUAUCUUCGUCCCUAAAUAAAGCUGAAAUAUUUUUUUUAAGUUAGCUGCCGAGAAAACAUUUUGCAUGAAGGAUAAAUUUCUGUUAAAAUACAUCCUUUUAAAAAGUUUUUUCCCUAUGCAUUGCCUAUGCUUUAAAUCAACAAACUCUUGAUUUCUAAACUAUGAUCUCUUAUUUUUCUAUUUUCUUUGCCAAAAAUAAUUGCCAUGUUUUGUCAUAGAACAUGAAAUCCAUUUACCUUGAUUUUUAAAAACAGACCAGUGUAGAAACCUUCUGUUUGACAUAUAGCAGUAUAAAAGUUUAAUGUACAGUGAAAGAGACUAUGAACAGACAUAGAUUUAUCUUAUUCCUUGAGCGCUAAAAAUUUUAAUGAAAAAAAAAACUGCACUAAUUUUUUACGACAAUGCACUAAAGUCUGAGGUUUCUCAGAACAUUUAUUUAUAUAUAAAAAUAAAAUACCAUUAUUUAAAUUGCCUUUGGGAUUAACCCCUUCCCUUUCCUUAUAAACAUACAUAACAGGAACUGCGCUGCCCAUUUUUCUGUUGGUAGUCUGUACUUCAUGCCAGUACAUUGGAUGCUUUUUUUAAAGUGAAUACUAAAUCUCGAGAGACAGAGCUUCGUCAUUGGCGUUUCCCGGAGCCAACGUCCGUGAACGAGUCCUGUGACCCCACCGCAGACGCAGGUGGGCUCCCGCGAGGAGCGCCCAGGCCCCCUGCCACUCUCCAUGCGGGGCCAGCUCUGCGGGGGCCUGUCCUGGGAAGAAAAUACUUGUGCUUUUCAAAGAAGAAGAUGAAUGUCCAGGAAUUUAAAGAAAGGAUUGAUUACCUUUUAUUUGAAGAGUUCUUAGCUCCUGAAGUUACUCAUAUGCAGUUUAGUUAAUCAAGUAAAAUUUUUUUCAAACAGAAUUAUCCAAAUGGUGCAGUUCUUAUUGUUAUAGCCCUCUAAUAACUUUGUCUUUUAUUUCUCUUUCUCUUUUUUCUAUUACUUGAAUUUUCCUGUAAUUUAUAGCGUUUACCUGUAAUUUGAAAUAUUUAUUACUGUGAAGUUGACUUAAUUCAUAUGUUGUCUCAUAACUUAAAUUUUUUUUUUUAAUGCAUGUGUUCAGGGAAAUAUACAACCCAGAUUUACAAUUGGGCUAGGUGGGAACUGCAAUUUAUAUUUGUCAACUGUUGGCAUUGUUAAAAUCCUUCAGAAAGCGUGACCUUGGUAAGUGAAAAAGAAGACUACUCGUUUCCUCCCAGCAUUUAGGAGCCACCAUGUCUCUGCCUCCUGAAUGGCAACAGAGGUCAAAUUGACCUUCAUCAAACAUUUUACUUAAUUUAAUAUAUCCAAAGUAUUACUUUUUCAGCACGUGACACUAGCCAUAUUUCAAGUACUAGCUAGCUACACGUGCCCAGUGGCUACUGUAUUGGUCAGAUUGGGUUAAAAGUAUCUUUCUGAUGAGGUGACAGAAGAGAGAAGCUGUUUUUCUACUGACUCUGGUAUAUAUUAUGCAGUGUAGCGCAACACCUCAGUGGAAGGAAUGAAAACCAAGGAAUUAAAUAGUUAAUAUACAGCAUCUUACUAUAUUUCCACUCAAAACCUAUUUAUUUCUCUUUUUUUAUAAUUUAAAAUUUUUGUGGUUAUUCAGAACCCAGUGUGCCUUUUGUUGACAUUUCUAGACUUCACACUUUGCAAAAUUUACUGUUUAAAAACAUUUGUCAAGUGAUUUUUCUGAACCUUUACACAAAGGUGCCCUUUCUAAAUUGACCAGUCAAAAUGUAUUUUCCUGAUACUGUCGUUAUAUUCUGUAUUUGCCUCUUUCUGACAAAUUUAUAGUAUGCCAUUAAGAUUCAGGCUUUUUCUUUUUCUUCUGAAACUGAAUAUAUGAUAUUUAAAAUCUUCUCAAAGGAAUUGUGCUCCUGCUGCUUGUUCCCUUCCAGAAAUGAAUGCGACCUCUUUAUGGUCAUUGUCUUGAGAGGGCAAGGGGAGCCUUUUUAGUCUGAAGUAGAAAAUAAUUCAUUUUCCCACAUAGGAAAAAAAAAUCUGAAUUUCAGAUGAUUCGAUCAGAAGGGCUAGAGUUAUUUUUAUUCCUGGCCCUCUACCUCCUACACCCAAUUGUUGAACACAUCACACACUCCAGCAGUCAGGUUUCAGAUGCCAGACUAGACUUUAUAUGGAAUAUAUGUAUUGGGUCUUGAUUUGGGGAAGCAACUAGUGGACAUUUUUAUUAAAACAAGUUGAAUUUUGUUACCACAUAUCCCUGUAGUGAAGUUUCAUGAAUUAGGAACCCUGUUUUUAUUUUUUAAGCCUAAAACCAAUAGUCUUUUAAAAAUUAUAAUACUUUUCUAAUAAUUACAUCAAGGGAAAUUGUGAUAAUUAAAAGAAAAGUUUGUGUCUUAACAAUAAUUUGACCUAAAUUAUUAUUUAGAAAUAGACGUACUUAAAUUGAUCAUACAUGUCUUACUCUACUGACCUCCAGAAUAGCAAGCUAUUUGUUCCGACUCCCUGCUUCACUUUUUAUUAGUGUGAAAGACUCAAGUAUACAUGCAUGUGUACAUUAGUUUCUUUAGUUGAAAAUUGCCAAAACUUUCAGAGUUCCAUAAAUUGAAAGUAAAAUAUGUAAUUAAAAAACUAGCAUUUUAUUUCUUUUAAAUAGAGUUUCAUUAAUAUCUGGCUUCUUUUGUUAAUUUGAUUUAAUUUUUCUUCCACUUUGAGAGGGAGUCCUAGAAUGUAUAUAAAUUGUUGGCUUCUCCUCCUGUUUCUUCUCAUUCAAUGGCAAAAAUAAUUUUGUAACUCAGAAUUAAGCUUUUGGUUAAUCUUCCUGCCUGUAACUUGGUGUGAAUCCUCUUUUUACACCAUUUUUAAUACUUGACAGAACUUUAAGUGGUCAUUUUUUUUCUAAAAAACUUAAUUUUUUAAGACUCUAGAUUAAUAGGUUGAUAUUUAAGGGACUUGGGAGAGUAGGUGGUGAGGCUGUUUAUUAUGGUAAGAGAUUAGUUACCUUUCAGGAAAGUAGUGAACAGACUUCAUCAGUGGUCUGCCUUCUUUGGGUUUUCAUUACUGGGAGAUUAACUUCCAUUAGGUUUGAAGUAUUUUUAAAAAUAGUUCAAGUUUAUCUGAGAAACUUCUACUAAUCUUUGAAACAGAAGUAGAACAGUGAGUGAGAUACAGAAAAUUACUGUGUACUAAAUGUCAGACAGUGAAAACACCGUAUCGCCCUGGCUGGUGUGGCUCAGUGGAUUGAGCGCUGGCCUGCGAACCAAAGGGUCACUGGUUCGACUGCCAGUCCAGGCACAUGCCUGGGUUGCGGGCCAGGUCCCCGGUAGGGGGCAUACGAGAGGAAACCAGUCGAGUCUCUCACACAUCAAUGUUUCUCUCCCCCUUUUUCUCCCUCCCUCUUCAUCUCUCUAAAAAUAAAUAAAAUCCUUUGAAAAAACAAAAUACUGUACAAGUUUUUAUGUAGGAAACUACAUCUCAUUAAGACAAUGGCAUCUUUCUUCCUGGGUUGGUUUAUUUUUACAUUUCAUAUCAAAAUAUUAAAAAAACAGCCUUAAAUCUAAACAAGGGUAGACUACCCUUAAAUCCCACUUUGCUUCUGAGCAGCAUCCUCUGCCUCUAGGAAUUUUUCAUUUAGGGGAUUGCUGCAUUGAGUCAUUCAUCCAGAACUGGGUCUUUUAAGUUUGGGAUUUGCCCAGAGUCUGAAAUCAUCUUUUGCUUUUAGUUAACUUUCAAAAAUCCUUCCUCCUAAAUAUCUAACUUGAGGAAAAAAGAUAACUUACUGAUUUUUUGAGUGAGAAUUCUUUGAGCUUGUAUUUACUAAACUGAACUCCAGCCCAGGUUGGUGAUUGCUUUUGUGUUUAUUUUCAUUACUUUUUCAUGAGUAUGGACAAAGCCUCCUCCCCUUUUUUUAAGGCUUCAGUAUUCAUAGGUUUGUGGGGGGUUUUUUAAUAAUGUAAUGUGAUAACAUAAAAUUACUUUGCCUGGACACAGACCCAAUCAAAGACUUUUUUUUUUGAUAGGAUACAUUAUUCAAAUUAAGUAUAAAACAUCCAUUUUUUAUUUAGAGGCUUUUCCUUUAAUUUCAAGAAGAGUGGAGACAACGCCAAUCAAGGCUAAGAUGAUACUCAGAACCUGUUAAUGAAUUUUGACGUUUCUUUUUCAGUCAUAUGUAGAAAUUGAGUUUUAUUGAUCUGGAGAAAAAGGAAAAUUAGUACCAUGUAUUUGUGCAGCAUAAAUUUUAAUAUGUUGGAUAUGUAUAGUGGGGUUUUUUAAUAUUAGAAAACCAGCCUUUGUUUCUCUUUUAAAAAAAACCUAGCUGAUAAACACAUCUAGAUCUUCUCAUUUUUACCUUGUUAAAUCUUUACAUAAGAAGUGUGAGAAGGGAUUUAUUAUACAAAUAGAUAUGGUAGGUGUGUGACUGGAGCAUUAAUUUUGCUUAAAACAAGUAUAUUUUCUGCUUUGAAUCACCUCAUCAGUAUCAUCUAUAAAAGUCAUGUGUGAUAAGAAUUUCUCGUAAUUGCUUAUCAGCCACCUAUUCUUUCUGGAAUAGAGUAAAUAAGUUCUGUUUGUGAGCUGAACUUCAUGAUCUGCCAUUUUGUGAAAGCAACAUGACACUCUUGGGGGGAACCAGAGCUGAUUGUCAUCACUGGGUUAUAUGACAAUUCUAUUCUAAGACUCAAACAUAUUUUAUAGGGUUAUACUUUUUUUCCCUAUGCCUCAGUUCCAUACCUGACAAUUUAUGACUCAGUGAAGCCAUGCUAGAUAAGGAACAAAGAUAAUCCAAGAUUGUGAUAAGGAUGACUACCCAAGGCGUUCCUAGCACAGAUGGGCUGAUAAUCUGGAAUUCCCAGCGGAGAAGCAAUAGAGAAGGAGAUGCUGCCCCACGUAGCUCUUGGGUUCGGUGUAAUCGUGGUUAAACAAGAUUAUAUUAUGAAGCCUGAUUCUACAACCAAAAUAAUAGAAAUGGGGGCAAAAUGAUGUCUGCUUAUGCUUUUUAAAAACUUGUAGUUAAAAUAAAUUGUAAAAACAGACUACCUUAACCCUGUACAAGCCUGGCAAUGAGCUCUGCAUGAGGAAAUGGAAGGGAAGAUACUGACAGGGAUGCUAGGCCGGGGGAUGUGAGGACAGGAAGCGGUUUUCUCUUUUCUGAUCAUGGGCUCCGAAAGGCUUCACUGCCUCUACCAGCAUUCAGUAUAAAUCAGAGAUAAGAGUAUAUGUACUCACGUGUGAGUGUGUGUGUGUGUGUGUGUGUUAUUCUAAAUUUUGUAAAUAUUGUAGUUGUUGAAAAUGGAAAAUAAAGGCUGAGUUGUUUCUUUUAUCUUUGCAAAUAUAUUGCAUCAAAAAUACAGCAUUGACAGUGGAUAA